ACACUGUAAGCCGUGUCCCUUUCUUUGAGGCAACAACGGCGUUGGCUCAUUUUCCGAUUCGCGCAGCCGCCACCACCAUCAUGAACGAGUUUACGAUCGACCAAGUGUUGAUCCACGGCCUGUACGGGGACCUCCUUCUCUGCACCGCCAAAGCCUCCAACGUCCAGUACAUCAUCAAGCAAAUGAACACGCGCAUGCUCGAGACGAACGACGACGAGGCGAGCGAGAACGGCAUUGAGAAGGAGCUCCAGGCGUACGCGUUGAUCCAGUGCGCGACGACGUCGACGGCAAAGAAGGGCGCAAAUGCAAUCGUCGGUCUCGUCGACAGCUUCACCGAAGACGGCUAUGUGCAUCUCGUGCUCGAGUACUGCGUCCAAGGCGACCUCUUUGAGAUGCUCCAGAACAGUCCGCGUGAGCUCUUCUACUGGGACGACGCCCAGCGCUACUUUGACCAGAUUGCUCAUGGCGUGGCAUUUCUGCACAACGAGUGCGGCCUUGCCCACCGGGACAUUUCGCUCGAAAACAUCCUCGUCGACGACGUCGGCGACUGCAAGAUCUGCGACUUUGGCCUUGCCAGCAUCGACUGUAAGCGAGAGACGCGCCCGGUCGGGAAGCGCUACUACAUGGCGCCCGAGAUGUACAGCGACGACGGCUACGACCCGAUGGCCGCCGACGUGUGGGCGCUUGGCGUCCUUCUCUACAUGAUGCACACGGGCUUGCCAUUGGUGGAGAAGGCUGCAAUUUCCGACCGGAUUUUUGCCUACAUUCAGACGCACGGUCUUCGCGCGAUGGUCAAGGCGUGGCGCGUCCAGCGGCUCGUGCCCAUGCAAGCGCUCGACUUGCUCGAGAAUAUGCUCAUCAUCGAUCCGACGCAGCGCAUGACAAUGGCCGACGUUGUGCGGCACCCGUACGUGGCGUCGCCCUUGUUUGCGUAGACCAGAAAUUUUUAUUAAUUUAUUCAACCAUUUUAGUUUGAACUUGCAAAGAA